AUGAGGUCAACAGUCCAAGAGCGUGACCAGAUACAAGUAGUGAUAAAUGCCUGUCAGGAGCUCACAGCCCUGCUGACAGAGCCAUAUGAAUGGAUCGCAAACGCAGCAUGGGGAUAUGUUGACAGUGUCGCCCUCUCGCUAGUGUUGAGUUUGAAAGUCCAUCGACAUGUCCCCAAAAACGGUGGGACAAUUUCACUUGUGGAUUUGGCUGCAAAGACAGGCAGCUCCGUCGUUCUAAUCACAAGACAGGAUAAUGCGACAAUGCGUGGGAGUGCUUCAUCGAAGAUGAACGCUCCCACAAUGCUACCGUCACAACGAGCGGUCACUGUGCCUUCUGCACGAUGA